AACUCUCCACCUAUGUAGUGGUACCAAGUAAUUCAGGGGUUACCUAAACUUUGUAACCAGUAACACCUCUGUAACGCGGUAGCAGCCCCAAAUAAACGCUUAAGUUGUUGCCUGAUGUUACCUGCUGUCUACAUCCACUAUAUUUUCUCAAUAUCUGCAAAGUUGAGUUGUCUGCCACUGCAGGCAAAUCUUAUAAACUAUCUCAUGAUAUUUUUUCGACUCUCAUGGCUUCUAACCCAAACGUCGGUGAUCGAUUAUCCUACGAUGGAGCUGUCUGCACGGUCCGGUAUAUCGGCGAAGUUAGUGGCACAUCAGGCAGUUGGCUUGGCGUAGAAUGGGAUGAUCCAGCACGAGGAAAACAUGAUGGUUCUAAUAAGGGCGUGCGGUAUUUUACCUGCCGAUCCAAAUCACCAAAUGCCGCAUCCUUCGUACGGCCAACACGGCCUGCGGAAAAGCCACUUAGUUUCGUGACGGCGGUAACUCAGAAGUACGCCUGUGAACUAGCGAAGACUGCCGUGAUCAAGUUUUCGAACAAAGUUGCGGAGGAAGUCGGCUUUGAAAAGAUUCAGCGAAAGCAAGCCCAAUUAGCUGAACUGAAGAUCGUCAUCGUCGAUGGUGCCCGUAUCGCAUCAGCCUAUUCUGAAGGCGACGAACCUAUUAGUCAGGUCUGCCCCAAGAUAAUUGAGUUAGAUCUCAGUAGAAAUCUAUUUCAGAAAGUUGGAAAAGUUAUUGAUAUUUGCUCCGAGUUGCCUGUCCUCCGGAGUUUACGACUGAAUGGCAAUCGAUUCCAAGACAUACUUAACGAUGAUGACCUAGAACAGGCCCAGAAUUCUCUGAAAGAUAUUAAAGAUUUAGCUCUUGAGGAGACAUUCAUGAGCUGGGAGGAAAUAUGUCAUGUCGCAUCGAAAUUUCAAACACUUUCGACACUUUCAGCCAGUGCGAAUCGGUUAUCAUUUUUACCGGAGACACCCUUAGCUUUAUCGACACUCGCCUCUACUAUCGUCUCAUUGAACCUGGAGUUUAAUAACUUCACCACCCUCACCGAUAUCGCUAGUUUAGCCUCACUGAAAUCUCUCCGUAAUCUACACCUCAAGGGCAACCAUAUAUCCACUACCACACAGGACCCGUCUCAUACCCUGCCGGUAUUUUCAACAAGCUUGAAAUACCUAGACUUAUCAUACAACAAAGUGUCAUCAUGGGCCUUCGUCGACAUGCUACCACAUUGCUUCCCAGGGUUGGCAUCCCUUCGUUUCUCCCACAACCCUAUUUACGACAACCCCGAUCCCGAAUUCUCAACCCAGUCUAAGAGCGUCACAGAAGAAGCGUACAUGUUCACAGUUGGUCGUUUAGGAAACCUCAAGACUCUAAACUUCGGUACAAUCUCAAGCUCCGACCGCCAGGACGCAGAAAUGUUUUACCUAGGCCGCAUCGGUAAGCAUCUAGCCGCUGUUUCGGAGGACCAAGGGGCAGAUGUCAUCAAGCAGCACAAGCGCUUUGACGAGCUGUGUGAGAUAUAUGGAGCACCGGUAGUCAAUAGGCGGAAGGAGAUCAACCCGGCGUUCUUAGAAGCUAGACUAGUUACCGUGCACUUCAGUUUCCACCCAGCUGGCGAAGAGGACAAGGUUGUAGAGCGAACAACCAGAAUCCCAAAGAGCUUUGACAUCUAUGCUGUGAAGGGAAUUGUCGGCAAGCUGUUUGGAGCGAAACCGCUCGGCUUGCGUUUGAUCUGGGAAACAGGGGAGUGGGACCCGGUUUUUGGGUUCGAUGACGAAGUAGAAGACAGUGACGAAGAAGAGGAUGAGGAGAAGAGGGAAGAGAUAGAUGCGGGGGAUGCGGGAGAUGUCGACGAUCUAGGGGAAAGCUCCCAACCAGACGGUAAGCCUGGCAAGUGGGUCAAACGGGAAGUAGAGCUGCAAGACGGGCCCCGGCAGCUUGGGUUCUGCGUUGACGGCUUAGAGGCGAGAAUCAGGGUUGAGUUUAGGUGACUCAGGCCAGUCUCAGUUUGUGUCUAUAGAGACAAUCAUUUGAGUUGUCAUGAAUAUCUUAGAUAGAAGGCUAUCUGGAAUUUAAAACAACAUGGGCGAUCUCUGAUUAUGAGAACUGUAUAGGUAUUUCAAGACAAUUACUAUACAUAGGUACG